AUGGCUAGCAAUCUAGCUCCAAUUGCGCAGCUUCUGGAGGCCAGUUUGGACCCUCGACAGCACAAACAGGCCGAGGCUGCCUUGAAGCAAGAGGAAGCUAAGCCCGGGUUUUCCCUCCAACUUCUGCAUAUCACAGCAUCCGAGACGUUUGCAUACAACACCCGUCUUGCCAGUGCACUUUGCUUCAAGAACUUUAUCAAGAGGAACUGGACCGACGAGGAGGGCCAGUACAAGCUACCGGAGAGCGAUGUCGUCACCAUCAAGCAGGAGCUGAUAAGCUUGAUGAUAUCUGUGCCCACUGGCAUACAAUCUCAGCUCGGAGAGGCAGUCAGUGUCAUUGCAGACAGUGACUUUUGGGAGAGAUGGGACACACUGGUCGAUGACCUUGUAUCCCGAUUGUCACCGGAGAAUAUCAAGACCAACAUCGGUGUCUUGCAAGUAGCCCAUUCCAUCUUCAAGAGAUGGCGGCCCCUCUUCCGCUCCGAUGACCUCUAUAGAGAGAUCAACCAUGUCCUUGGGAAAUUCGGACUACCAUACUUGGCUUUGUUCGAGUCUCUUGAUGCAUACAUCGAGAAGAAUAAGGAUAACAAGGAGAACCUCAUCCUCGGGUUUACCCAGCUCAACCUCAUGGUCAAGCUGUUCUAUGACCUUUCGUCCCACGACUUGCCUCCCAUGUUCGAAGAGAAUCUAGGAGCAAUCGCGACACUGUUCCUGAAAUACUUAAUGUACGACAACAAGCUAUUACACACAGAUGAUGAUUCGGAGUCUGGUGUACUGGAAUUCGUCAAAGCAGGAACCUUUGAAGCUCUCACCCUCUAUGUUCAAAAGUACCUUGAUGUUUUCGGCUCGCUUGUUGAACAGUUCAUUGGCAGCUCAUGGAAUCUGCUUACCACAAUUGGCCAGGAGACAAAGUAUGAUAUCUUGGUUAGCAAAGCGCUGCAGUUUUUGACAUCUAUUGCAAAGAUUUCAGAGCACGCGGCGGCGUUCCAGAACGAAGGAACCCUAGGUCAGGUCACCGAGAAGGUCAUCUUACCCAACAUCACCCUUCGAGAGUCUGAUGUGGAAAUGUUCGAGGAUGAACCCAUCGAAUUUAUCCGAAGAGAUCUUGAGGGCUCUGACAGUGAUACAAGACGACGAGCUGCCACCGAUUUCCUCCGACAGCUUCUCCAGAACUUCGAGGAUUUAGUCACUACAGUGGUACUAAGAUAUGUCGAGCACUACUUGGCUGAUAAUGCCAAGUCUCCAUCUGACAAUUGGAAGUCUAAGGAUACCGCAGUUUACCUGUAUUCCUCCAUUGCCGCUAAAGGCGUUGCAACCGCAAGUCAUGGCGUCACCACUAUCAACUCCCAUGUCAACAUCACCGAGUUUUUCCAGAAGAAUAUCGCUUCCGAUCUAGUUGCCGAGACUGGUGUGCAGCCAAUCUUGAAGGUGGAUGCCAUUAAGUACCUCUACUCAUUUAGAAGCAUCAUCACCAAGGACCAGUGGCGGGAGAUUAUGCCUCUAUUAGUGAAACAUCUCGCAUCUUCAGACUACGUGGUCUACACCUAUGCCGCAAUUGCUGUUGAAAGAGUCUUCGUCCUUACCGAUGCUUCUGGUGCUCAAAUCGUUCCAGCAAGUGAGAUUACCCCCCUGGCCGGACAGCUUCUCGAGCAUCUCUUCCAGCUAGUUCAGAAAGAGUCAUCCGCACCCAAAGUUCAGGAGAAUGAGUUUAUCAUGAAGUGCAUCAUGCGAGUUCUUGUGGUAAUCAAGGAUGCUGCUGUUCCCCAGACAGAGUCCAUUCUCAACCAUCUCAUCCGGAUUACUGAGAUUAUCAGUUCCAACCCAAGCAACCCACGUUUUUACUACUACCACUUUGAAGCUCUGGGCGCACUCAUAAGGUAUGAUAUGAUGCCUCCUAAUUAA